CUAGCCGGCCCGUGCCUACCCGCACGACGUCCUCUGCCGGCUUGCAGGAGCUGCCUUCCCUGGCGUCGCCGGCAUUGUCUCCCUUUCCCCACCCCGGCUAGAGUACGCGAGCCCCGGCUUGCAUUCGUGCCUGGACGAAAGAGACGAAGACAUCCCCGCACGCCGCCCCCCCGCCCCCCCGGUCCACCCCAAUACCGCUAACUUGUUGUGCGCGGAAUAGCAGCGGCAGGCGCUGCGCGAUGGACACGUUCUCCCUGGGGAGGCUUUGGCUUCUGGUCGCUUUGGCUUGCCUGCAAGGAGAGAGCGGCGGGGUGCGCGGUGCAAGAGUAAAAUGUGAAGAAACUCAGUUCCAGUGUAGUAAUGGUCGCUGUAUAACUCUGGUGUGGAGAUGUGAUGGGGAUGAGGACUGUUCUGAUGGCAGCGAUGAACUAUCCUGUGUGAAGAAGACAUGUUCUGCAACAGAUUUUGUAUGCAACAGUGGGCAAUGUAUACCAAACAGAUGGCAGUGUGAUGGAGAUCCUGACUGUGAGGAUGGGUCUGAUGAAAGCCCUGAGCUAUGUCAUAUGAGAACAUGUCGGCUUAGUGAAAUCAGCUGCGGUGCUCGAUCAAUUCAGUGUGUCCCAAUGUCCUGGAGAUGUGAUGGUGAAAAUGAUUGUGAUAAUGGUGAAGAUGAAGACAAUUGUGCCAAUGUAACUUGCAGUACAGAAGAGUUCACAUGUGCCAAUGGACAAUGCAUCUCCAAUAACUUUGUUUGCAAUGGUCAAGAUGACUGCAGUGACAGUAGUGAUGAAGUAGACUGUGCACCACCUACUUGUGCACCUAAUAUGUUCCAGUGCAAAAGCACUACCUGUAUUCCAAGUAACUGGGUAUGUGAUGGUGAUGCAGACUGUCCUGACAUAUCGGAUGAAUCUCUAGAGCAGUGUGGCCGUCCACCUCUCCAUACUGUGACAUGCAGUCCAGAUAAAAUGCGAUGUGGGACAGGGGAAUGUAUUCAAAACAAAUGGCGUUGUGAUGGGGAUGCUGACUGCAAGGAUGGCAGUGAUGAAAUCAAUUGCCCUUCUGUGACAUGUAGACCUGACCAAUUCAAGUGUGAUGAUGGCAGCUGUAUCCAUGGAACCAGGCAAUGUAAUGGAGUACGGGAUUGUGUAGAUGGCUCUGAUGAGAUGAACUGUAAAACAGCUGUCCAGUGCAGUGGAUCGAGUAAAUUCAAGUGCAGAAAUGGAGAAUGUAUAGAAUCCAGUAGAGUAUGUGACCAGCAGCUAGACUGCCAAGACUGGAGUGAUGAACCUCUAAAUGAGUGCAAUGUGAAUGAAUGCCUGGUGAAUAAUGGUGGCUGCUCACAUAUCUGCCGAGACCUUCCUAUUGGUUAUGAAUGUGACUGCCCUGCUGGCUUUGAGCUGAUAGACAGAAAGACCUGUGGAGAUAUUGAUGAAUGCCAGAAUCCUGGUAUCUGCAGUCAAAUCUGUAUAAACCUGAAAGGAGGUUAUAAAUGUGAAUGCAGCCGUGGGUAUCAGAUGGAUUUGGCUACCGGAGUGUGUAAAGCUGUUGGAAGAGAACCGUGCUUGCUAUUUACUAAUCGCCAUGACAUCAGAAAGUUUGGCCUGGAGAGGAAUGAAUAUGUCCAGAUUGUGGAAAAUUUAAGACAUGUUAUUAGUCUGGAUGCAGAUAUGACAGAGCAUAAACUCUUCUGGGCUGACUCUGUGCUGAAGGGUGUCUUCAGUGCCUCUGUUGAUUCUCAUGAUCGAGUUGGCAAGAUCUUCAGGACCACAGACAAUGUGCAGAGUCCUGGAGCCAUUGCCAUUGACUGGAUUUAUAAGAACAUCUACUGGAUUGAUUCCAACUCAAUAUUUGUGGCUAACCUUCUUGGUACAAAAAGAAAGAUGCUGUUUAACACAGAUUUGAAAGAGCUGGCCUCCAUUGCUGUGGAUCCUCUUUCUGGCUUCAUCUAUUGGUCUGAUUGGGGUGAACCAGCCAAAAUUGAAAAAGCAGGAAUGAAUGGUCUUGCCAGGCAGCAGUUUGUAACAACAGCAAUUGAGUGGCCACUUGGAAUAGCACUAGAUCUUGUAAAAAAUCGUCUCUACUGGAUUGAUGCUAAACUGCAUACACUCUCCAGUGUGGAUAUGAAUGGCCAAGAUCGUAGAGUUGUGUUGCAGUCUCAUGAAUUUCUUGCUCAUCCUCUUUCUCUGACAAUAUUUGAGGACCGUGUCUACUGGCUUGAUGGGGAAAAUGAUGCACUGUAUGGUGCAAACAAAUUUACAGGAACUGAAGUGGCAACAUUAGUAAACAACUUGAAUGAUCCUCAGGAUCUCAUUGUAUAUCAUGAACUUGUGCAGCCUACAGGAAGGAACUGGUGUGAAGAGAAUACAGCAAAUGGAGGCUGUGAAUAUCUGUGUCUGCCUGCUCCCCAGAUAAAUGAACACUCACCAAAGUAUACGUGCAUAUGCCCAGCUGGAUUUGUACUGCACGAUAAUGGCUUAAGAUGUAGAGUUUCAGGUGAAGGAACUACUGUGACUUACACUGAGGCAAAAGACAGCAGUUCAACAGAAAAACCACUUGGACCCCUUUCUGGAGGGCAAAAUCUGACCAGUCCAGUGUCAGAAGAACUAGCUUCUGCUAGAAGUUCCUCAGCAGCAUGGGCUAUUCUUCCUGUAUUAUUGUUAGCAAUGGCGGCAGUGGGUGGCUACUUCAUGUGGCGCAACUGGCAACACAAGAACAUGAAGAGUAUGAACUUUGACAACCCAGUGUACUUGAAAACAACUGAAGAAGACCUCUCUAUAGACAUUGGAAGACACAGCAGUUCAGUGGGACACACAUAUCCAGCAAUAUCAGUUGUCAGCACAGAUGAUGACUUGUCCUGAGUCUUCCAGUAGUUGUCUCCUGAUCUGUACUUUUUUGGAUGGUAACAAGGCCAGCGGGUAAACCGGUCCCAUCCUGGAAGAACGAAGAUAUAUGCAGCAAGUUCACAAACCAUUUUCAUGCACUAAUAGAAAAUUGUGAACCAUUUUGUCUAACAAUUCAGCUUUUGAUAGUUUCUGGACUGCAACCCUUUUUACUAAAACCAGUAUUGCUGCCACUGGCCAUGUACAAAGCACUUUCCAAAAAGCCAUAUUCAGUUAACAUGUAAUAUAGAGGUACUACCUGUAAAUAAUUGUACAGGCCCACUUGUAAAUGUUCCCGAGAACAGACUAUUAAGCACUUUGAAAAAAAACACAUGUAAAUUAUUGUAGAAUAUUUCAAUGGUUGGGCAAUGGCAAUAGGAGAAAACGGGUUACUCAGAUUAAUUGCCAAAAAUUUGUAAACUAACUUUUGUAUGAAAUGUGAAUUUGUCCUCCCUGAGCCACCUACAGGGGUGUGCAGAGGACAACUGCUCUGUAUCAGAAACCACUGUAAUUUUCAACACUGAAAUGGGAUUAAAGAGAAGCAAAUCUCUA